AUCCGGCAAAGAAGAGUUUAAACUCCAUCUUCUGCCUGCAGAAAUCACCUCUGUCCUCUACACAAAUCCCCCAUCCGCCCAGCGAACCCAGAUUGUAUCUUGUUCUGUUCAGCAACAGUUGACUGAGGCAGGCCUCUGAAAGGAGGCAGGCUGGAGAAAGCAUGAAGGAGAGAGGGCUAUUUUUUUUUACCACCCCUGGGUUUUUUUUUUGUUUUGUUUUUGAUGUUGCCUUUUUAGCUCACUGUUAACAAGUCGGGAGGGAUUUCUCUUAAGGUCUGUCCAUUGUUGCAUUUACAUUCCUUCUCUGGGUUUGUGAAAUAGUGCCUCCUUUAUUUGUAUUAAUUACAGGUUUUGGAACACUUAUUAGACAGAUGACUGAUACUAAGUCUGUGGUCAGAAGUUAUGUGGGAAGCUCCCGUUACCAUUCCCAAGAUACUUUUGCCUAGAAGGGCACCCCAUCUUAAUUUGUAAUGUUACACAGCCAAAAAUGAUUAUCCUGGAUGAAGCUUUGCUGCUGGCCUUUAAAUUUUUAUUAUAAAGUGACUAAGACCAGCUGUAAGGACCUGUGAUUUUUUUUUAGCUUUUCCUUCCUCUGAAGUGUAAUCCACUUGGAGAAAAUUCCUCUGAAGUUUCUUUUGCUGCUCUUGAACACAGGAGAGAGUUGUAUCUGAAUAUAUUGUAAUGCUUACAAUUUUUUGUGGAGGUUUGAUAUGUGUGCUUGGACUGGGGGUUGUAGACUUCCCUCUCCCCUCCUCCCCCAGUUCUAGGGAUUUGAAUCCAGGGCCUCACACAUGCUAGACAAGGGCUGAACUACAUCCUCUAGACAUGGGAGGGUUUUGUUGUUGUUGUUGUUUUGCUUUUUGUUGUUUUUUGAGACAGGGUCUUUGGAAGUUGCCCACAUGGACCUCAAAUUUGGGUGCCUCCUGCCUCAACCUCCCAAGUAGUCACCUGGCUAGACUUCUUGAUUUAAAGUGUGGGCUAAUUUUUUACCCCUGGGAUGAAGUGGUGUAAGUCUUAUUUAUUUGACCAUGCUGAAAUUAUUUAAUAGAAACCUGAAGCAUAAAAAAAGUGUUAUUUUGUCUGAGAUUGGGCUUUUAAACUCUGAAACCUAACCUCUGAAUCUAUUAAUUAGAUGUGGUCUAAAACUUGUCAAAUUGUAAUAAGCAACAGUUUCUGCUUUAGCUGGAAGGAGAGAAAGGAGAGAGAGGGAGGAACUUCUAACUGAUGGUGAGAGUCCCAUUUGUCCAGGCUGUGCAUUUCAUUGAAUACUUUUUUUUUUCUUUUUUGAGACCGUGAAUGGGACCUGGUAAUCAGAGAUUUGAGAAUUGUACUAAAUGAGAUAGGGUUGCUUCACAUUUUCAAUUUCUUUUUGAAGAUGCCACUACUAAAUGUACUGUUGACUUAGCUGAGUUAUUAUCUAAAUCACAUAACUUUCUAAUCAUUCGUGAAAAGGCAGGAAAUCUUUUGUGGUACUGGGGAUUGAAUCCAAGGCCUUGUGCAUGUAAGUCAGGCACUCUACCAACUGAGCUAUAUCCCUAGCCCUAGGAAAUCUUUUUUUAAAUAGGAAUUUCCUGCAUGAAUCAUUUGAUAAGUAAGACUUAUCCCACUUUCCUGCCUCCUAACCCUCACUCACACAAAAGUAAAAUACUUCAUUAACCAAUUCAACCAGCCUGGUGAGGUCAGGCAAUUAAUAUUUCUGAAAAAUUUUGAUCCCUGAAUAUGUUUUCAUUAAUUUGUCCUAUUCAUUGCUUACUUGUACCAUACGGGCAUGAGAUUAGGCUACAUGACUAUAUUUUCUCUUGCUUUCCUUUUGAACUAAGACUGGAUUAUUUAGAUAAGUAGUGAAAAUUUCCAUCAUAUACAGAAUGCAUAAGAGAGAAGCUGGAAUUUGACAAAUGCUGUAGGUGACAAUUGCAGUGCUGCUUUCUCCUUUAAAAGUUCUGUGAUAUAAGUCCUUUCUGAAGUCUCUAGUGUCUCUUACCAGUCUGCUUCACAGUGAACAGGAUUUAAUAAAAUGUUGUAGAAGUGGCCUGGCACAGUGGCACCAUCUGUAAUCCCAGUGGCUCAGGAGGCUGAGACAGGAGGAUCGAGAGAGUUCAAAGCCAGACUCAGCAAAAAGCAAGGCGUAACCCUCCACUGAGUGAAGAGAUGUUGCCUCCCGGGGAGUGGAUGUGUCACCGGUGCACUGUUCGCCGAAAGAAACGAGAGCAGAAAAAGGAGCUGGGCCAUGUCAAUGGACUGGUGGACAAAACUGGCAAACGGACUACAUCACCCAGCAGUGACACUGACUUGUUGGACAGAUCAGCUAGCAAAACUGAACUCAAGGCCAUUGCCCAUGCCCGGAUUCUGGAAAGGAGAGCCAGCCGGCCUGGCACCCCCACAUCCAGCGCCAGCACAGAGACUCCCACCUCUGAGCAGAACGACGUUGAUGAGGACAUCAUUGAUGUGGACGAGGAGCCAGUAGCAGCAGAGCCGGACUAUGUGCAGCCCCAGCUGAGGCGGCCUUUUGAGCUGCUUAUUGCUGCCGCCAUGGAGCGGAACCCCACCCAAUUUCAGUUGCCCAAUGAACUGACUUGUACCACUGCACUACCAGGUUCUAGCAAGAGGAGAAGAAAGGAGGAAACCACAGGGAAAAAUGUAAAGAAGACACAGCAUGAGUUAGAUCACAAUGGUCUUGUUCCCUUACCCGUCAAAGUCUGCUUCACGUGUAACAGGAGCUGCCGUGUGGCCCCUCUCAUCCAGUGUGACUAUUGCCCCCUCCUGUUUCAUAUGGACUGCCUCGAGCCACCGCUCACUGCCAUGCCCCUGGGCAGAUGGAUGUGUCCGAAUCACAUCGAACAUGUGGUGCUGAACCAGAAGAAUAUGACACUGAGCAAUCGGUGCCAGGUGUUUGAUCGUUUCCAGGACACCGUUUCGCAGCAUGUCGUCAAAGUGGACUUCCUGAACCGAAUCCAUAAGAAGCACCCUCCUAACCGCCGUGUGCUCCAGUCAGUCAAAAGAAGAAGCCUGAAGGUUCCCGAUGCUAUAAAAUCUCAGUACCAGUUUCCACCCCCUCUCAUUGCACCUGCGGCCAUUCGGGACGGGGAACUGAUCUGCAAUGGGAUUCCUGAGGAAUCACAGAUGCACCUUUUGAACUCUGAGCACUUAGCCACCCAGGCAGAACAGCAAGAGUGGCUCUGUAGUGUUGUUGCGCUCCAGUGCAGCAUAUUGAAACAUUUAUCUGCUAAGCAGAUGCCUUCGCAUUGGGACUCUGAACAGACAGAGAAGGCUGAUAUUAAGCCUGUUAUUGUGACUGACAGCUCAAUCACCACAUCCCUGCAAACCGCUGACAAGGCACCUACACCUUCCCACUACCCCUUGUCCUGCCCCUCAGGGAUUAGCACCCAGAAUUCCCUGAGCUGCUCUCCACCCCACCAGCCCCCAGCCCUAGAGGACAUCAGCUGCAGUUCUUGUGUGGAAAAAUCCAAGAAAGCCCCUUGUGGGACUACCAACGGGCCAGUGAACACAGAGGUGAAAGCCAAUGGCCCCCACCUCUACAGCAGCCCCACUGAUUCCACGGACCCCCGGCGACUUCCAGGCGCCAACACCCCCCUACCUGGCCUUUCACAUCGGCAAGGCUGGCCUCGGCCCCUCACGCCACCAGCGGCUGGGGGGCUUCAGAAUCACACCGUCGGCAUCAUUGUGAAGACAGAGAAUGCCACUGGCCCCAGCUCUUGCCCCCAGAGGAGUUUGGUUUCUGUCCCAAGCCUGCCCCCUUCCAUUCCCAGCUCUUGUGCCAGCAUUGAGAACACCAGCACUUUGCAAAGAAAGACUGUCCAAUCACAGAUAGGACCUCCGUUGACAGAUUCAAGGCCACUGGGCUCACCCCCAAAUGCCACCCGGGUGCUCACUCCCCCCCAAGCAGCAGGAGACGGUAUCUUGGCCACAGGAGCCAACCAACGAUUCUGCUCACCAGCGCCAUCAUCAGAUGGCAAGGUCAGCCCCGGCACGUUAUCCAUAGGAAGCGCUUUAACCGUACCCUCUUUCCCAGCCAACUCUACUGCCAUGGUGGACCUCACCAACUCACUUCGAGCAUUUAUGGAUGUCAAUGGAGAAAUCGAGAUAAAUAUGCUGGACGAGAAGCUGAUCAAGUUUCUGGCCUUGCAGAGAAUACAUCAGCUUUUCCCCUCCCGGGUCCAGGCUUCACCGGGCAGUGUUGGGACACAUCCGCUGACUUCCGGAGGGCACCACACAGAAGUGCAAAGAAAGGAAGUACAGGCCCGAGCUGUGUUCUACCCCCUCUUAGGGUUGGGAGGAGCUGUGAAUAUGUGCUAUCGAACCCUCUACAUCGGGACAGGAGCUGACAUGGAUGUGUGCCUUACAAACUAUGGUCACUGUAACUAUGUGUCCGGGAAACAUGCCUGCAUAUUCUACGAUGAGAAUACCAAACAUUAUGAGCUGUUAAACUACAGUGAGCAUGGGACAACAGUGGACAAUGUGCUGUAUUCAUGUGACUUCUCUGAGAAGACCCCGCCAACCCCCCCAAGCAGUAUUGUUGCCAAAGUGCAGAGUGUCAUCAGGCGCCGCCGCCACCAGAAACAGGAUGAAGAGCCAAGUGAAGAGGCAGCCAUGAUGAGUUCCCAGGCCCAGGGGCCACCGCGGAGACCCUGCAAUUGCAAAGCCAGCAGCUCAAGCUUGAUUGGGGGCAGUGGGGCCGGCUGGGAGGGCACGGCCUUACUGCACCAUGGCAGCUACAUCAAGCUGGGCUGCCUGCAGUUUGUCUUCAGCAUCACUGAGUUUGCGACCAAACAGCCCAAAGGCGAUGCCAGCCUGCUGCAGGAUGGGGUCUUGGCUGAGAAGUUGUCUCUCAAGCCCCACCAGGGCCCUGUGCUGCGCUCCAACUCCGUUCCCUAGGGCUGGUGACUACCCUGCCACCAGCCUAUAUACCCACCCAAGACUCCUGCAAUGCAAAAAUGUACACAAACCAAGCCCGGGUGUUUUCUAUACUCUACCAGAAACCCUUCAACUACAAUCUUUGCAUGAAAUGAAGAAAACCUUUUGACUUUUUUAAAAAUCCUUUUUCUUUUCUCAAGUUCUAGGGGGCAUUUGCACAUAUAUUUGUACUCAACAUUUCAUGGGAAAGCGGCAGACCCGAGCUGAGGAACAGCGUGGGCAGGGAGGGGAAGAUCCAUGGUCUGGACACUUCCUCCAAUAUAAACCCUUCCCCCACACUUCCUGCUCCCUCCCCCUCGCCCGCCGUUGUAAAAUAAUCAGAAACUUGUUCUAUUUUGUGGCAGUGACAAUAGUUUUAUAUUAAAAGAAAAAAUACAGUUUUCAUACAGCAAAAUCUAUACAAUAUCAUUGUUUUAUUUAAUAUAAAGAUCGCUACCCACCCUCUUUCCAUGGUUCCCACCCUCCAAGUUAUUUUCCCUUUCUGCAGCGGUUGCACUACAGGUAGCUACUGUGUAUUAUGGACAAAUGAGAAAUGAAUUCUUUUUCUUGCUGUCCAUCUAUUUUAUUUCAAAUAAGGAAAAGUGUAUUUGGAUUUUGUGUAAAUACAUCUAGUGAUGACAUUUUUUCAAUGUUUUUAAAAACUGUGUACAGUACUACAUGUGGUAGAGCGUUUUCUCAAAUUGUCUAUUGUAGCAAAAAUGUUUUUGUCGUAAACCUGUUUUGUCUCCUUUUUUUUGUUCUCUUGCCACUUCUCUCCUUUUCCUCCCACCCCUGGCUCCCUCCUCUCCUCCCACCCCCACAACUAGUACCAAUGUACAUAGUAAUUGUAAUGUUUUAGACUUUACAGAAACUUUCCUGUAUUCUGUAUAUAAAAAAACAAAAAUAUUUCAAAUUA